AAAGGUGUCCAGCUAGCCAAAUACUUGGUGGAUCAUCGCGUUACAAUAUACUUAAUUCAAAGGCAGGACGAUGUGAUUUGUCAAUGCACAACAAAGACUGUAGUAUACAUGUAACCUCUCAACGCGUCUGGGGCUCGCAGAUUUGAACAUCACUCCAUAUUUGAGAGAUCUGAUCCUUGCUUAUUGUCAUGAUGAGCCCGACACAAUGGGACUUGCCCCCCGAGCUGUGCUGCAGGCCAAUGGCUUUUGUAGCGCUAACGGGUCUGGAUGUGGUGUACAAUGCAGUGCACAGGGCCAUUUGGGAUGCAUUCUGCGCCAACCGAAGAGCCGACAGGGUGCCCAUUUCUUUCAAAGUGCUGCCGGGAGAUCACGAAUAUCCCAAGUGCCGCACAAAGAGAACCUCAUAUGAGUGGUACAUUCCUAAAGGGAUUCUGAAGACUGGCUGGAUGAAUAAGCACUUGAACCUUGUGCCAGCCCUGGUGGUUCUCUUCUAUGAGCUGGACUGGGAUGACGCCCAGUGGAAGGAGAAACAGUCAGAAUGUGCCACCAAAGUGGAAAUUGUCAGAACAAGUCUUCAAGGGAGAAACACCAAGGUUGCUGUGGUCUUGAUCCAGAAGAAAACCCCUCUUCCUCCAGGUGAGGAUGUGGUGGCAUCUGAGCGUGCUGCUGCCCUGUGUAAUGCCUGCGACCUGUCGGGGAAGUCCCUGUUCGUCCUGCCCCACACCGACCACCUGGUGGGCUACAUCAUCAGGCUGGAGAAUGCUUUCUAUGAACAUGCUCAGACAUAUUACUACACUGAAAUCAGACGGGUGAAGUCUCACAAGGAGUUUCUCAAUAGAACAACCCACCAGUUGCUGUUUGUAAGGCAUCAAUUUAAGAUUGGAUUUUUCAGUGAGCUGAAGCAAGAUACACAGAAUGCUCUCAAGUACUACCGGACGGCUUACAGCCUUGUGCACGAGCUACGUGCUCAUGAAACCAACAUGCUGGAGAUCAAGACCAUGGCUGGCUUCAUCAACUACAAGAUCUGCAGGCUGUGUUUCCAGCACAACACCCCCUUGGAUGCCAUUGCUCAGUUCAGGAAGCACAUUGACCUGUGCAAGACCAAGAUCGGGAGUGCGGAGCUCGCUUUCGAACACACUGCAUGGAUGUCCAAACAGUUCCAGUCGUUUGGGGAUCUGUUUGACGAGGCCAUCAAGCUGGGCCUGACUGCCAUCCAGACGCAGAACCCUGGCUUCUACUACCAGCAGGCGGCGUGCUACGCCCAGGAGAGGAAGCAGCAGGCCAGCCAGCUCUGCAGCCACGAGGCCAGUGUGGCGUACCCAGCCCCCGACCCCCUGGAGACGGCCGCAGGAGUGCUGGACUUCUAUGGCCAGAGAGCCUGGAGACAAGGGCACCAGAGUAUUGAUCCUCCAGAUGCGGAGAAGGAGAAACUGGGCAUCCUGGCUCUCCAAAUAAAGGAAAAGGACAUACCCCACUCGGAGCUGAUCAUCGCUCUGCUCAGCAAUGCCGUGGCCCAGUUCAAGAAGUACAAGUGUCCACGCAUGAAGAGCCACUUGAUGGUGCAGAUGGGGGAGGAGUACUACCAUGCCAAGGACUACACCAAAGCUCUCAAGCUGCUGGACUAUGUGAUGUGUGACUACCGUACGGAGCGUUGGUGGACGCUGCUGACCUCCAUCCUCUGCACGGCCCUCAAGUGCUCCUACCUCAUGGGCCUCAUCAAGGACUACAUCACCUACUCCAUGGAGCUCAUUGGGCGAGCCUCCACACUUCGCAGUGAGCAGAAGUCCAGGAUUGAGAAGAACCUCAUUAAGGUGUUGAUGAACGAGGCGCCAGAGCCAGAGCCCGAAUGUGACCCGGCAUCCGUGAAGGCGGCUCAGGCCCUCUGGAACGAUCGCAUCUCCCUGGCUGGAAACAACGACUUCACCGUCGACAUGCAGGAGUACGUGCCCUUCGUUCAGUGUAAGGCAAAGUUCCUGUCCCCCAGUUUCCACGUGGACAACCCACUGCAGCUCCACGUGUACCUGAAGGCCGACUGCCCACACUCCCUACGCUUCUCCAAGCUCUGUGUCAGCCUGAGCAACCAGGAGUACAACCAAUACUGCCUUGUGGAGGAGCCGUGCAAGGCCAAGGAUAUCCUCGCUCAGUCCAGCCAGGAGAACAUGUGCCUGGUGCCCGGCAAGACCCGCAAGUACUGCUUCAAAUUCGUGGCCAAGACUGAAGACGUUGGAAAGAAGAUAGAGAUCACAGGUGUCCACCUGAUGCUGGGUAGCGACAGUGGGCGCUGCGUGUACCUGAACUGGCGGGGUGGAGGGGGCGACGCGGCCUCUUCCCAUGAGGCAGUGCAGGCCUCACGCUCCUUCAAGAGGCGCGGCCGUCUGCCGGAACAGCAGGCGGACUGGGACAUGGUCAGCAUCCAGGCCAGCACCAUGGUCAUCUCCAGAGUUCCCCGUGUCUCUGUGCAGCUGCGUCACGAUCCCCCAGCUCUCAAUAAUGAGAUGUACUGCCUCACCCUGACCGUGGAGUCGCAGGAGGAGACCGUGGCCCGCGACGUCAAGCUCACUGCCGGCCUCAAGCCAGGUCAGGACGCGAACCUCACCCAGACAACUCACGUGACCCUGAACGGUAAUGAGGUGUGUGAUGACUCCCACCCGGCCCUGCUCACUGACCUGCCCAUCGGAGACCUGCAGCCAGGACAGAAGAUGGAGAAGGCUCUGUACGUGCGCUCGGUCAGCACCGGCUCUCGCAUCUUCCUCUUCCACGUGGCCUACACCAUGAGCACCAAUGUGGAGGGCAAGGAGAUCACCUGCAAGUGUCACAAGGAUGAAACGGUUACCAUAGAAACUGUCACCCCAUUUGAGGUCACCACCAGAUUUGUUUCGACAAAGUUUGAAAACCUGGACCGAGUCUUUAUGGACAUUCCAUUCCUGCUGAUGACGGACAUUCUGAGUGCGUCGCCAUGGCCCCUGGAGCUGGAGACCAGCCACCUGGACCUCGCUCCCUCAAUGGCCGCCAUUGACCAGCCACAGUCACAAGUGGAGGAUGUGGUCCUCCAGACUGGGGAGUGUGCCAGCGAGUGCUUCUGCCUGAAGUGCCCCCCAGAGCCCAGUGGCAGUGGCACGGUGGCAGCCGGGCAGUACGUCAUCUCCUGGAGGAGGAAAUCUGCCUGUUCUUCUGUACCAGUCAUCAAAACGGUCAUCACCCUUCCCCAUGUUGUAGUUGAAACCAUUCCUCUGUAUGUACAUGCUGACAUGCCGUCGUUUGGGCGUGUGCGAGAGUCUCUGCCGGUCAGGUACCACAUAGAGAACCGCACGACACUGGUGCAGGACGUGGGCAUGUCCGUGGAGCCCAGCGAUGCCUUCAUGUUCUCCGGACUCAAGCAGGUGCGUAUGCGUAUCCUGCCGGGCGCGGAGCAGGAGCUGCUGUAUAACUUCUACCCGUUGACGGCGGGCUACCAGAGCCUGCCCCUGCUCAGCGUCUCCCUGCUACGCUUCCCCUCCGUGCCCCCGCAGUUGCUCCAGCGCUUCCUGCCCUCCCGCAUCUUCGUCAAGCCUCAAGCAAGACCAGGGGACGACUCCAUAGCUGCUGCAUAGGACCAGGUGGAACUUCGAAGAUUUGGUGGCUGAUGGUGUGACGUUUGUUCUUUGUUGUUGUUUUUUUCUGAAUGAAGUAGCUCUGUUCUGUAACGACUGACGGGAUGCAUUUCCAUUGCAAAACUACCAUGUCCUUAAAAAGUAAUGUCUGCUUGUCAAUAUGUUGCCUUUGUAAGUAAGCGGUCUCACUGUAUUUUAUCGUUAAUAUAUUUCAUCUUGCUAUUAUUAAUAAUGCAUUUUAACAGACAUGGGUAAAAUUACAAGAAAUGUAAACACUGCUAUGACUGGUGUUAAUCACUAAAGUAUGGCAAAUUAUUAAACUUGUGGAGAGAGACAGA